AUGCCAGUUCGUAAGCAAGAGGCCCACCGAGCAUUAGAACUGCUGGAAGACUACCACAGCAAACUAGUAAAGCCUCAGGAUCGGCAGCUGCGUCUUGCUAUCGAGAGGGUCAUCAGGAUAUUCAAGUCCCGACUCUUUCAAGCUUUACUCGAUAUCCAAGAGUUCUAUGAACUAACCCUCCUCGAUGACACCAAGUCUGUCCAGCAGAAGACUGUGGAAACCAUCCGCAUUGCCAACAAGUGGGAAGCGGAUAAUGUUAGACGAGAAAUCGCGACAGAGGAGAGCGACUACAGAUCGGUCUCCAAUGCAUUCCUUCAGGACAACAACCGGAAAUCUGAUGCUCCGCACAUUGAAACGCCCGAUUCAACGAAAGUGGGCACCGUGCAAAUCGUCGCAUCACCUCCUAGCGGUGAAGAUGAAGAAAAGCGGGUUCACGUUGCAUCACCUGAAAUGAAGCAGGUGAAUGGUAUUGAAGGUGGUGCUACAGAACGCACACAAGAGGAGGGUUAUGUGUACCUGACGAUAGUCUUGUCCCGCGCGGGCGGCGCCGGCCUCGGUUUCAGCAUCGCUGGGGGGUCAGACAACCCCCAUGUGGCUGAUGAUCCACACAUCUAUGUCACAAAACUAAUACCUGGAGGCGCGGCCGCCGCCAGCCAGUUGCAAAUUAAUGACGCCAUUCUACAGGUGAACGAUACGAAUGUCGAAAAUGUUACGCACGCUGAAGCGGUAGACGCGUUGAAAAAGGCUGGAAAUACUGUGAGACUGAAAAUAAAACGGCGCGGGACUGAAGAUACGCUAAGCGUAUCGCAACCAACAAAUAAAGAGGAAGCUGUGGAAAUAGAGCUAGUAAAGGGAGGCUCUGGCCUUGGUUUUAGUAUAGCUGGUGGGGUAGGAAAUCAACACAUCCCAGGAGAUAAUGGCAUCUACGUAACGAAGAUCAUGGCAGGCGGAGCGGCGCAUCGGGAUGGCCGACUCAGAGUCGGUGACAAACUUCUCAUGGUUAAAAAUACUUCGCGUGGCGAUGUGAAUCUGGACAAUGUGACGCAUGAAGACGCUGUCAGUGCUCUGAAAGCUACUGGCGAACGGGUUCAGCUCGUGCUCAUUCCAGGCCCGCGGCAUGGACAACCCUCGCCGAGAACUUCUAGAGCCAAUACUCCAUCCAGCGCAGCGAACUCGCUCAGACGUGAAGACGUAACUGAUAGUAAUGAAGAACCUCGCGUCGUCGAACUGGAGAAAGGUUCUCAAGGCUUGGGCUUUAAUAUAGUCGGUGGGGAAGAUGGCCACGGGAUCUAUGUAUCGUUCCUUCUUGCGGGAGGACCGGCAGAGCGGUCAGGACAGCUGAGGAGGGGUGAUCGUCUCUUGGCAGUUAAUGACAUCGAUAUAACGCACGCCACGCAUGAACAGGCUGCUAAAGCUCUCAAGGGCACGGGGCAGAACGUGAAGCUGACAGUAGUGUACAGGCCACAAGAGUACAAUAAGUUUGAGGCUCGUAUUAACGAGCUAAAACAGCACCACACGCUUCUAAGGACAUCGCAGAAACGCUCCUUGUAUGUCAGAGCACUAUUCGACUAUGACCCAGUGAAAGAUGACGGCCUUCCUUCGAGAGGUCUCCCGUUCAGAUACGGAGACAUUCUACACGUCACCAACGCCUCCGAUGACGAGUGGUGGCAAGCUAGACGGAUAGACACUCCGGACGCAGACGCAAUAGGCAUUAUCCCCUCAAAGAAGCGCUGGGAACGCAAGCAACGUGCGCGUGACCGCCAAGUCAAGUUCCAAGGACAGGGCACCCCCGUGAGUACUAGCCAAUCGACAUUAGAAAGGAAAAAGAAAACACUGUCGUUUAGCAGAAAGUUCCCCUUCAUGAAGAGCCGAGAAGACGGCAAGUCCGAAGACGGUUCGGACCACGAACCUUUCAUGCUUUGUUACACUCAGGAGGACACUAAUGCGGACGGGGAAAUCUUGUACCGAGUGGAACUUCCCAUGAUGGAGGAGAUAACGCUCAUAUAUCUCGAGGACGAGAGUCAAGACGAGAACGUGUUGUCGUACGAGACUGUGCAGCAACUGACGAUCAGCUACACGCGGCCUGUGAUCAUUCUCGGACCGCUCAAGGACAGGAUAAAUGAUGACCUUAUCUCCGAGUUCCCUGAUAAAUUUGGCAGCUGUGUACCACACACGACGAGACCGCGUCGUGAUUAUGAAGUGGAUGGUCGAGACUACCACUUCGUGGCAAGCCGCGAGCAGAUGGAGCGCGAUAUUCAAAACCACCUAUUCAUAGAGGCCGGCCAGUAUAACGACAACCUCUAUGGCACCUCAGUCGCCUCCGUUAGAGAGGUCGCUGAGAAGGUACAUUUUUGUAAUAAUAAUACAUAUAUUUCAAGUAACAUUGACUCAUAUAAUUUGUUAGUAAACCACGUAAUACUAAUAUUGGUAGGUUACAAAAUUAUACACUAUUUUAUGAUUAAACGAACUUACCUUAAGUGA